UCAUUUUUUAAAAUUUUCAGGUGGAUAUGAUAAGGAAGAGAAAGCGGCGAGAGCGUACGAUCUCGCGGCUCUCAAAUACUGGGGUGCGACCACCACCACCAAUUUUCCGGUUUCUAACUACGAGAAAGAGCUGGAAGAUAUGAAGAACAUGACUCGGCAGGAGUUUGUUGCAUCUCUCAGAAGGAAGAGUAGCGGAUUUUCUAGGGGCGCCUCUAUAUAUAGAGGAGUUACAAGACACCACCAGCACGGUCGAUGGCAGGCGCGGAUCGGGCGUGUUGCCGGCAACAAAGAUCUCUACUUAGGAACCUUCAGCACUCAAGAAGAAGCGGCAGAAGCAUACGACAUCGCAGCAAUCAAAUUCAGGGGCCUCAAUGCAGUGACCAACUUCGAUAUGAGCCGCUACGAUGUGAAGAGCAUCGUCAACAGCAACCUACCGAUCGGUGGAAUAACCACAAAAGCGAAAGCAUCGGAAUCCUCAUCGUCGGAUACCAAGAGUGUCGAAUCCAAGCUGAUUUUCGAUGAUUCCUUCGCGGCCCACUCAUCGAGCCUCAGCUUCGCUGUGCCCAUCAAACCUGACCCACAAGACUACUGGUCCCUGCUAGCAUUGCAUAAUCAAACCCAAAACAGUUCAAAGAACAACAACAACCUCUUCCAAUCAUCAGGCAAUUCAUCUGCCUUCCACAGCCUCUCAAACUUCAAUCUGGAUUUCUCCACAUCCACAGCCGUUGAUCACAGCAAUGGGGUUCUGAAUGGUGGCAUGAUCCAACAACAGACCCCAUCCACUAUCCCUUUUGCCACUCCCAUUAGUGUAACAAGCAGUUAUGAUAGUUCCAGUUAUGGUAGCUGGGCCACACCUUCUAUCCAUCCAUACCAAGCUGCAAAGCCCAAUCUAGCCGUUUAUCAUCUCAUGGCCCAAGGAAGUGUUGCUUGCUGUCCUAAUUGGACUGGCUUAUAUAUAGCUCUGUAUAGUUUAACCGUGUAUAAGCUUUGUAACUUGAUAAGCUCUUCUUCUUUGAAAAUUUCAGGAUUGCAAUUUAUUCAUGCAAAUACAAAGAAGCUACUUAAAGAGGAAGAUGGUCACUGUCCUUGUUGGUUUGUCAUUGUUUUCCCCACCAAGAUCGAGCUAGAUGACAACUUGCUUCUUGUUGCUUCAAGUGAUGGAAAUGUUCAUAUAUGGAAAGAUUACACCUCAAAGGGUGAACAGAAGCUUGUUACAGCAUUCUCAUCGAUUCAGGGCCAUAGACCUAGUGUCCGUAGUGUGAAUGCUGUUGUUGACUGGCAGCAGCAGUCUGGAUAUUUGUAUGCUUCUGGGGAGAUAUCAUCAAUCAUGCUUUGGGAUCUAGAUAAAGAGCAGCUUGUUAGUUCCAUUUCUUCAUCGUCAGAAAGCAGCAUCUCAGCAUUGGUAUGACUAUUUGUUUGGCUUUGUAUGUGCUAAUUCUUAGAUUUCUAAGUUAUAGCACUGUACCAACGAGACUGGAUUUGAUAAAUCCACCAACUUAAUAAUUUUGUGGAUUUGCAUUGGAUUUGGAUUUUCAAAAAAUCCUGAUGUCCACAGUUCGGGAAUGAAGCUUCAGAUCCUUGGAUUUGGGAGCUUUUAUGGCAAUGUCAGAGCAUACCGCAAUGGAAAAAAACUUUUAUUGCCUUUAAGCAAGCCUCUCAGUUUGUGGAUUUGCCCCAAUGCAUGGAUUUAGGGGAGUGUGGAUUUGGGAAAAUCCAUGAAUUUGACAAAUCCUCUAGCAAAAAACAAACGGGAGAUUUUGGAAUCCAUGGAUUUCACAAGUCUCUGCACCAAGUCCUUCACCCCAAACUUCAGUUAUCUUUUUGAUAUUUUAGAUUUUUAG